CGUACUAGAUAAGGAUCGAUAAGGAUUCAAUUUAGAUUUCUGCUACAUGGAUACAGUAACACAGGCGAAGCCAAAGAGGUUGAAUGGGGAUCGUAAGGAUCUUGCUUUUCAAGUUGUACCGGAGUGCACUCCGGAAACUGCAGUGACGGAGUAUUUCGUCUCGAAAUUUAAGGAGAAUCUAGCAAAGAAGAGACCAGAAUGGGACUGGCCCCCACUGUCACCAGCCACAGAGCUUGUGGCUGCAAGCAGGGACCUGGAAGAGGCUGACAGGAAACUUGAGCAAAAGUGGGAUGAAGGGAAGGAGAAGGGGAAACAGGUGGACAGACGGCGGCAGGAGUUGCAAGACAAGGAAGAGGAGCUCAGAAAGUCCUUCAUUCACUUCAAUAAGUUUGUAAAGGAGAACAGAGCGAAGCGGGAGAGAGCAGAGAAGAAAAUCCAGGAAGAGAAGGCAGUGCAGGAAAGGCAGCAGAAGGAGAUUAUGGAACUGCAGGUGAAGGUAGAGGGCUUAACACGCAUGAAGGAAACUCUGGAGCAACAUGUGAAUAAACACAGAAUAUAUGAGGACUAUCUGCAGAGUGUAGUGGCUGAUUCAAAGGAAUAUUCUACUGUCUUUGACAUUCUGAACCAUUAUGAAGCUCUGCAUGCUGCUCAUAUGGAACUGACUGAGCAACAAGAGGAGGACCUGGACACCCUGCAGAGAAUCCAUAGCAAUAUGGUCAAAUCAAUUGAGGAGAAGUCACAGGUCAUGUUGGGGCUGAAUAACAAAUUAGCAGAUUUGCAGACCCACUAUGACCGGUCCAGAACUGAGGGUCUGCAUUGGGAGACAGCACUGAGCAACAUCAAGGACACAGUCGUGGAGAAAGGCCUAGAAAUUGACCAGGUGGAAACAUAAAGCUGGAAUUUGUACCAGCAGAUCUGCCGGCGCCAAAAUAUGCCACUCAAGCUAGCCGAGAGAGAGACAGAACAACAGCUGAUACACAUUAAGCAUACCAUCCGGGAGCUGGAGAAGGUUGUGUGCACUGCACGUCGACAUGCCAGCAAGGAAGCAGCUUCCAAUGUAGCCAGUCCCUCCAGCACCCAGAAAUGAAGAGAGAAAAUAGUUAUUUUUACAGCUGUCAUCAUCUAUUCAUCACAGUGGCUGGAAAUUCAUAUUGGUGUAUUAUAAAAUACAUGUUGCCUUUUUGUAAUAUUGCAUAUUUUGUUUCCCUCUGCUGAACUGAUCAUUAACAGAUCAGACAUCUCCAUGCAGAGCGCCCUACAGUUCUUCAGGCUCAGGAGUCACAUUUCUGGGACACGAAUGUUUUCUGCUGUGGUUCAAACUCCUCACUGCUGGUAUUCACCUCUAAAAAUUGGUGGAGCGUUCACGUUAACCAUGUCAGCUCAGCUAAAACUUAGAAAAAUAAAAUAUAAAUUGUUACUUUCAUAAAUACAAAUCGCUCCGUCCAAUGUGACACGUAAUUUUUUACUACGUUAAAACUUAUCUCCCUUACAUGUUUCGGUCCUUAAGGGCC